AUGGCGGAGGCUGCCACAGAAACAGACUACUCGCUUGCGAACCCUGACACGCUCACCAAGUACAAGACCGCGGCCGGCAUAGCCCACAAAGUCCUCGAGUCCGUGUCCGGCUGGCUCACCGACGGCGCCAAAAUCGUCGAACUCUGCGAAAAAGGCGACAAGCUGCUCGACGAGGAAAUUGCUAAGGUCUACAAAGGCAAGAAGAUCUCAAAAGGCAUCGCAACGCCAACCACAAUCUCCCCUUCCAGCCAUGUCACGCCAUUCACACCUCUUCACUCCGACGCCGAGGACGCUGGCUUGACUAUUUCUGCUGGAGAACUGGUCAAGAUUCAACUCGGAGCCCAGAUUGAUGGCUUCGGCGCCAUAGUCUGCGACACAGUCGUCGUGCCCUCCAAAGACAAGAAAGCCGAAAUCGAAGGUCGGAAUGCGGAUGUUCUCCUCGCGACACACUACGCCAACGAGCUCCUGCUACGACUUAUGGUCCCACCUGGUCUGCUUGCCAGCGGAACAGAGGAAGAGAAGAAGAAAGCCACGUCCGUUCGAGCUCCCACGCAAUCACAGAUCAUCUCAUACAUCGAGAAGGUCGCAAAAGCAUAUGGUGUAGCAGUCGUGCAACACACCACAAGUUGGCAGUUCGAGCGGAAUGAGAUCGAGGGCAAGAAGAAGAUCAUCCUUUCACCCAGCGACGGUACCAAGGGUGAGGGUACACCCGAGGUGGGAGAGAUAUGGGGUGUGGAAGUUGGCAUGUCUCUGGGAUCUGGCAAGAUCAAGGAGCUCGACAAGCGGUCAACUCUACUGCGGCGGACACAGGUCAACUAUGGCCUGAAGCGGCCGUCCAGCAGACAGAUACUGUCGGAGAUUGUGAAGAAGUUUGGCAACUUCCCCUUUAGCUUGAGACAACUGGAUGAUGAACGUGCAGGUAAGGUCGGUGUGGUUGAGAGCGUGCGGAAUGGUGUGCUGCGAGAGUACAAGCCUUCGGCUGAGUCUGAUGGCUCGGCUGUGACGCGGCUGUUCACUACGAUCGCUAUCACCAAGAACGGCAUUACAAGACUCGCAGCACCGCCGUCCAUCGACCUGGAAAAGAUCAAAUCCGACAAGAAAAUCGAAGACAAGGAGAUUCUCGAAAUCCUUGAGAGACCUCUGUCAAAAUCUACUGGCACCAAGAAGAAUAAGAAAAAGAAGAAGAAGGUCGCUAAGAAGGAAGAUGAGGACAGUGAAGAUGAUGAUAGUGAUGACUAG